ACUAAGUAUGAUAAUCAGAUGACAUCGAAAUUGUUGGUGCGAAUAAGUUAUAAAAUUUUGUUCGUUAAACUUAAAGCGACAAAAAGAAAGAAUUGAGAAAAAACAACGACACAGAGUAUCUGAAUAAUCAAAAUUGUCGAGAAUUCAUGUACAGCAAAAGAUAAAGUAACUGGCCAUACAUGUGCCUCUUGUCAGCUACUAUGACAGAAUGUUCCCACAUCGCAGAAUGCCUUCUCAUUUAACAGUGCUUUACAUUUACAGUAUUGUGAGUCUUGUUGCCUUGUUUCAUGCCACUUUAGUAGCUGCAGAAGUUGUUGUGGUUUCCCCCGAAAAUCGUACUGUUCAAGUAUUUAUUGACUAUGAAUUGAGCAUAGCAGCUAGAGUACCCACUGGAGGAAUAGAGGGCAUGAUUGUAACUGCCAAUCCUAUAGAUGCUUGUGACUCUAUUUGGAGCCCACCAUAUUCUUCUAAUUCUUCUUUGAAAUGGUUUGUUUUAAUUGAAAGAUCUACUUGUUCUAUGCGACAACAGGUUCUCAUGGCACAGAAAGCAGGAUAUGAUGCUGCCGUGAUAUAUAAUAAAGGAAUCAACAGUCUACAACAAGUCAAUUCAGAGAGACGGGUGACAGUGGAUGGUUCUAAUCAAGAUAUUUCUCUAGUGUCUACUCUUCAGCUCUCUUAUUCAACUUUAGAGUCUCAAAUUACUAUUCCAGCCAUUCUCAUUGGUGAACAUGAUGGUGACGACAUCAAGAAUCUUUACUUGUACAAUAAAGGCUACAUCCUUAUUCUGUACCCUGACCAGACCUUCAACCUCAAUAAGUAUCUGCUUCCCAUUGCAUCUAUAAUUGGUGUGUGCUUCAUCAUAAUGUUACUGUUAAUGGUGAUCAAGUGUAUUAAAGAUCGCAGAAAAAAUCAAAGAAAUAGGUUGUCAUCAAAGCAUCUGAAACAGCUGCCAGUUAAGAAGUUCAAGAAAGGUGACCCUUAUGAUGUUUGUGCUAUUUGUCUAGAGGAUUACAAGGAAGGAGAGAAGCUAAGAAUACUACCAUGUUCACAUGCCUACCACACCAAAUGUGUUGACCCCUGGCUAACAAAGAAUCGUCAUACCUGUCCAGUGUGCAAGCGCAAGGUCAUUUUAGAGGGCCAUCAAUGUGACUCUGAUAGUGACUCAGAUCAUGAUUCUUCAGAAGAAACCACUCCUUUGCUGCAUCCCAUUGACAGGCAAAGCAACACAUCUAGUGUUGGAGGAACCUUCUCUGAACCCAUGCCAACUCCUCUUUACAUCCAAGCCAAUCAAGCUGGUCUAACUAGGAUUGCCCAUGAUGAAGAAACCACUCAGACCACUGCUGUGCCUCCAGAACCUCAGACCACGCAAGUAGAGUUGCAUCAUUCCACAGAAACAGUUGGAACAGACCUUGCUCCCACAUCUUUGUAUCCUGCUGCUCAUCAUUCAGUUAAUGGAGACAGACCAGAACAAGAUAGUGUUGAAAAUCGGAGCCCACUUCAAGGAGCUAAGGCCAAAAAGCAAUUGGAAUUGGUGGUAUGAGUCUAAAAGCAGAUUUAAAUGAGUGAGUCAGUGACAAAUAACCAUACUCUACUGAUAAUCCAUGUUAAAAGGAAUAAACUUAUUUGUUAGUAAAACAACUGUUUUUUUAAAACAGAAACAAAAAGGUUUCAGUAUUUUGUAAGAAGUUUACUUAUCCCUCUAAAGGACUCCUUACAUUUCAUUUUAUUAAAUUAUGCUGUUUUUACCUGUUUUAUUUACUUCAUAAAGUUUUGAUGUUGGUGUAUGAGGUUCAGUUUUUGUCAUGCUGUAAGUUUGAAAGCAAGCACGGAAAGAUUAAGUGAUGGACAAGCAUAUUUAUGUAUACUUCCUUGAGAGUAAAAUUAGAAAAAUUUCAAAUCUAGCUGAAUCAACGAGGCACUGUUAUUGUUAUCAUUGUCACCAGCUUACUUGUAUAAAUAUGUGAACAAAAUUUUGGUUAUUGGGAUUAAAUUAGUUUACUAAAGUGCUUAAAGAUAGUUGACUUAAGAUGUUAUAAAAUAUAUUUUAUAAUAUAAAACUUGUAAUAUUACAGUUUAGUUUUUGUUAAUAAUUAAAUGGAAGUGAUAAUAAAAUAUUCUACAUCUGUUUAACCAUUUAAGAUAUUUAGGUCCGUGAUACAAAAUGACAAGAUUUAGAAAAAUUACUAGUACUGUUGUAUCAUUGUCAAAUUUCAUAUUUGCAUGUACAGAGACUUGUUUUUGAUUGCUGUGCUAGUUUGCUGUUUUACAAUGAAUAAAUAUUUAUGAAGAAUUGUUAUUCAUUAAAUUUUAUGCAACAAAGUAUUGUUCAAUUAGUCAUGAUAUGUUCAAUGUUGACCAUGUACUUCCCUAAUAUCUUACAUUGUUAAACAUCUUAUGUUAAUCUUUUUCUCCUGAUGAAAUGUUAGGCUCUGAAUGUUGUUUUUUUUAUAAUUCACAUGUUACUGAACUGGAUUGCUUGAUCACUAGCUUUUAAGCAGAAUUUAUAAUUAUUAGUCUAUAAGAAUAUUAAUGUAAUAUUUGCAAUUAAUAUAAUCUAUUUAAGUAAGUUGGAAUUCUGGUCAUGGUUGCUGUAUAUGAAUUUGCCAAGUAAAAACUUUUUUGUGAUUGGCAAAAAUUUUAAUUUUAAUCAUAUAAAUUCUUUACACAGUAAGUAAACUAUUGUUGAAGGUUUUGUCGGUAGUCACUUCAGAUUUUCAUGUAUUCAUGCUUUAAGGUCUAUUUAUAAUACUAGCAACUGCAAAAGAAGAUAAGACCAUCACCUAUGUUAUAAUUGUCAUUUAAUUAAAAUUAUAUAUUCCAUUGAAAAACAAGAAUUAAUACUACAGAUCCCAUUGUAUUUUCUGAAAUGUACAGAUAAUUAAUACCUUAAACUAAAAAAUGACAUGUAUUAUUGUAAUUUUGUAUGUAACACUAGAGUCUCUUUAACAUAUGGCAAUAUCUUAAUACAGUUGGUGAAGAAUACUACUGAGUAUACAAAUUAUGAAUGACCUGUGAUGUAUAGUUUGAUAAAUAUAUUAAAGAAAACAAAAUGUUGUGAUUAAC